AUGAAUCAAUCAUCAAAUAAUCGUACCCUCAUUCAUCGUGUCUUCAGCAAGGAACACUCUUUGAUACUCAGAGGAGACGGUCUGAGAUGGAUCGAAGAUAUGCUAGCGCACUAUAAAGUCAGCCCUGAAGAUAUUGAAGAUACUCUCAACACACUCGCUACUGAGUGCGAAUCGGAAGUCACCCUUAGAGACGCUUCGGCUGUUGUAGACCAACACAUACUCCAGACUGUUUACGAUCGUCUCUUGGCACCCACAGCUGAAGAACCUACCUUAAACGCCGAUCAUGAAGCUGACUCACUAAUAUCAGAGUCUCACACCUUCAAAGUCAUCGAUGCCUUUCAGAUACCUAGGCUCACUUGGUCUGAAGAUCGUAAAAUAUUUGAACUCUUCGAAGCUGGUAAAUCCAAGCCCUCGAUUUUGGGUCAGCCCAUGAGUCGAUCACUUUAUCUUCGAGAUCGUUAUCACGUCAUCAAACAGGUCAUCUUGCGCAACGAACAUUUCUCUCCCCCUACCGUUGCAGGAGGCGCUGGUGCGGAGGAACGUGAAGAAUACAUGAAGUUGACUAGUACAAGGAACAUGCUUGGUCGCGCUGGACAAAGGUUUUUACUAUUUGGUAUGUUGAGUAGAAUGCAGGAUUAUUCUUACUGUCUAGAAGAUCUAGAUGGUAGGGUUAAACUUGAUUUAUCCAAUGCUACUCCAGCUGAGGGAUUUUUCACAGAAGGAUGUUUUGUCUUGGCGGAGGGUGAAUAUCAGGCAGAUGAAAGUUUUCGCGUCUUGGAGAUUGGCCAUCCACCCUCUGAGCAACGUGAUGUUUGCAGAAAGCAAUUCGCUCACAUAGACUUCACAGGAACAGGAGCGCUUCCGUUGAGUGAAGAAGCGAAAUUGGUCAAGGCUGAAUCAGCAAGCGAUACACAAUUUAUAGUGAUGUCGGAUUUCUACCUUGAUAACCCAAGUGUACUCAUCAAUUUCGAAAGAAUCUUGGAUGGUUACGAGGACCAAUUUCAAUCGUCUGGAGGAGGAAUUCGGCCGCCCCCUGUAUGGGUCUUAUGUGGCGACUUUUCGCAAAAACCGUUCAUCUUCGAUGGUAACAUGACAAUGGCUUACACAGCGUUAUUCACCAAGUUGGCCAACUCUUUAUCAAAGUAUUCUAACAUCACCCCGUACAUUCACCUGGUGAUUGUCCCCGGUCCACACGAUCCUUGGAGCUCAACCACACUGCCUCGUUCCUCCCUCCCCCUUCCAAUCGUCAAACCUCUCCUUGCUUCAGCCAGUCGAAUUCCAAAGGAAAAUAUUCAUCUUGUGUCUAAUCCAUGUCGGAUUAGAUGGAUGUCACAGGAGUUAGUGAUUUGUAGGGAAAACCUUAUGAGUAAGAUGUGUCGGAACCUUGUUAGUGAGUCUCUCAAGGAUCCUACUUCAGCUAUGGACAGCGAAAGAGAAGAUAUGGCCAAGUUUUUGGUUCAAACAAUAUUAGACCAAGCUCAUUUAUCUCCUCUGGCACUCAACGUCCGACCGGUUCUUUGGGAAUUUGAUCAAGCACUUCGCCUCUACCCCAUGCCCACAACGCUGGUACUUGCCGAUAGCUAUCCACCUUAUCGACUGACAUAUGAAGGAUGCCAUGUAUUUAACCCUGGAAGUUUCGGAGUAGGCUCCAAGCCGAUUUGGGCAAAUUAUCACGUGGCAACACGUACAAGUGAAGAAAGGUAA